CAAACAACACCACAACAGUACUACAAUGGGUGGAGGCACUUUUCAAAUGCUGGAUUUGUUGCCUGUGGGAUUCAGGUUCAAACCAACAGAUCAAGAGCUGGUGGAUCACUACCUCAAACACAAGUUGCAGGGUGAUGAUUCGGAUUCCCUUGUUGCCAAGAUUCCUGUGCUUAAUCUUUGUAAGGUUGAACCUUGGGAUAUUCCAGCCUUUUCGGUGAUAAAGUCAAAUGAACCAGAAUGGUAUUUCUUCAGUCCUCUUCAGUCCAACAGGGCAAACAGACAUGGGUUCUGGAAAUACGUGGGAAGUGACCGUAACAUCAAGACAACUCGCACCAACAUUGUCAUUGGGACCAGGAAGACUCUUGUUUUCUGUCGAGGAGGUGGGGAGACCGACUGGGUUAUUCAUGAGUAUCAUGCUGCUGCUACCUUUGAUCAUGCCCAGAGGACCUUUGUUUUAUGUCACUUGAUGGAGGGCCCAACGAAGAAAGCUGCAUUGAUACGUGAAGAAAGGGAGUUCAGAAGACUAGAGUCACUAGACAUGGCUUCUGACCAUGAAAGUGAAGAUGUAGAAUCAGAAGGGAUUACUGUUGAUUGAUUGACUUUGAAAUAAACAAACAGCAGAAGAUUAAUUUUUAUGCUAUUAUUUAGGAAAAUAACAGUCUUAUUGAUUGAAUUUCAGCUUCUAUUUUUUAGGCUUUCAUCUAGUAGUUGUUAUGUUUUUGAAUUUGAAUUUUAUGUUGGUGAUUCUACUCUAUAAAACCAGUUGCUAUGCUGCUGAAUAAAAAUAUGCUUUAUGCUCCCAA